AUGGCUCCCUCCGUCGCUGAAAGUACCACAACCCCGGUGGUCCCUAUCCUGAAAGGAAAUGUAUCAGACGCAAACACCCUCCAGAAGGAGCCCUUGAAGCUUAGCGGGGCUCUCGACUCCUUCGAGUCCUUCGAUGUGACGCCCGUCAUUGGCCGCGAGUUCCCGACUGCCAACCUGAAAGAGUGGCUGCAGGCUCCCAAUUCCGAUGAGCUGCUCCGUGAUCUUGCUAUCACCAUCUCCCAGCGUGGCGUCGUUUUCUUUCGCAAACAGGACGGGCUCGACGACGACCUGCAGAAAGAACUGAUCCAGCGAUUGGGUCUUCUUGCAGGCAAGCCCAGUACAUCUGGUCUCCAUGUGCACCCUAUCCAUAACGGGGCACGCGAGCACGGUGUCAAGGAUAACGAGAUCAGCGUCAUCACAUCUAAGGACCAUGACAAGCUAUACAAAUACCAUUUUCAUACGAAGAAACAAAGUGCCAGGCGGGAGUGGCAUAGUGAUAUUACCUUCGAGCCAAUUCCCAGUGACUACACUGUUCUCCGGUUGACCGAGCUUCCCAAGACGGGCGGUGACACACUCUGGGCAUCCGGUUACGAGCUAUAUGAUCGCAUUUCCAAGCCGUACCAACAGUUCCUGGAAACCUUGACUGCGACAUAUGCCCAGCCUAGCUUCAACAGAGUUGCUAAGGAAAAUGACUUCGAGAUCUUUACUGGACCUCGGGGUGCCCCGGAGAAUGUUGGCGAGGAAUUGAAGGCCAUUCACCCGGUUAUUCGGACGAACCCGGUAACCGGGUGGAAGAGCGUCUUCGCUGUCGGUGUUCACGUUGCGAAAGUCAAUGACCUCUCCGAGGAAGAAAGUGACCAUUUGCUGAGGUGGUUCGUCUCCCUGAUCGUUGAGAACCAUGAUCUCCAGGUUCGCCUGAGAUGGCGGAAUCCCAAUGACUUAGCUAUCUGGGAUAACCGCAGUGUCUAUCACGCCGCGACACACGACUACAAGGCAAAGGGCUUUAGCCCCCGGACGGGUCACCGUGUUGUUGGUCUAGGAGAGCGGCCUUACCUGGACCCAAAGAGCACAAGUCGUCGUGAGGCCUUGGAAGCUGAAUCGGCAUAG